AUGGGCCGCCUGCACUGCACCCAGGACCCCGUGCCCGAGGCCGUGGCCGGCGACAUGCAGCAGCUGAACCAACUCGGGGCGCAGCAAUUUUCAGCCCUGACAGAAGUGGUUUUCAACUUCCUCACUGAGCCGAAAGAGGUGGAGAAGUUUCUGGCUCAGCUCUCAGAGUUUGCCACGACCAAUCAGAUCAGCCUUGGCCCGCUCAGAAGUAUUGUGAAAAGCCUCCUGUUGGUCCCAAAUGGCGCCUUGAAGAAGAGUCUUACAGCGGAUCAAGUCCGGGCUGACUUGACAACACUGGGCCUUAGUGAGGACAAAGCCACCCACUUUUCUGAAAAGUGGAAGCAGAAUUCUUUGACUCUUGCUCGAUGGGCCAUAGAUCAGACUCUGAUGGUUAACCAGCUCAUAGAUAUGGAGUGGACGUUUGGAGUGUCAUCCGGGAGCAGUGAAUUGGAGAAAAUGGGCAGUAUUUUUUUACAAUUGAAGUUGGUGGUUAAAAAAGGAAACCAAACUGAAAAUUUAUAUAUAGAAUUAACAUUGCCCCAGUUCUACAGUUUCCUGCAUGAGAUGGAGCGAGUCAGAGCCAGCAUGGAGUGUUUUAGCUGA